CGUGUGAGCGUUUUCCACGUAUAGACUCAUUAGACUGACAGCAUGGCGGGCGGUCUGCGGGAGGAGCUGCAGCGGUACCUGCAGGAGCUGGGUAUCCAGCCGGUGUGUGUGGAGCACCCCGAGGUGUUUACAGUGGAGGAAAUGAUGCCCCACGUUCAGCACUUGGAAGGAGCACACAGUAAAAAUCUUUUCUUAAAAGACAAGAAGAAGAAAAGCUUAUGGCUGGUAACGGUUUUACACGACCGACAAGUAAACCUCAACGAUCUCGCCAAGAAGCUGAACGUUGGCAGCGGAAACCUCAGGUUUGCCGAUGAAGCAGCGAUGCUGGAAAAACUCAAAGUGGGCCAAGGAUGCGCCACGCCACUUGCCUUGUUCUGUGACAAAGGAGACGUGAAGUUUGUUCUAGAUGCGGCAUUUCUGGAAGGUGGUCACAAGAGACUCUAUUUUCAUCCGAUGACCAACUCCGCCACCAUGGGCCUGACUCCGGAUGAGUUCACAACAUUUCUGAAAAAAACUGGGCAUGAUCCGGUUGUGAUACAGUUUGAUGACUGAAUUCACUACAAAAGUCCAGAAUUCUGAAGAAUCUAGAAGAUUGCCAGCUAAAGUGGAACUACUACUCUCAUAACAACCAGCCACUACAGCUGGAAAUGGCUUAUACGUACGACUAAACAUCAUGUCAGUUGUAGUUUCACAACAGCUUUAGAUACUAUGUGGGUAAUCCUCAGAGUAAACAAGGAAGCAGGA